AUGGAUGACUCUUCACCAGUUAAAGACAUAGGAAAGCGUUUACUGCCGCAGGUCGUUGACAGCAGAGCCAAAAAAACUCCUGGCCGUGUCUUCACAUCAACGCCCCGGACAUUGGACCUACAUGAUGGCUUUUACGACGUCACCUAUGCAGAGCUCGCUCACCUCGUCAAUUACAUGGCUUGGUGGAUCGAACGCGAGAUGGGCCGUGGUGAGAUGUUCGAGACAUUGGGUUACAUGGGUGCGACAGACUUUCGGUACAUCGUGGCAUUUCUGGCCGCCAUCAAAUGUGGCUACAAGCUCUUUGUACCGUCCAGUCGUAACUCUCUGUCCGGCAACUUAUCCCUGUUUCAUGAGCUUCACUGCGUCAAGUUUAUAUAUACUGCCGACAUAUAUGCAAAAGCUGUGGAACCGAGGGAGAACAAACCCGACCUGAAGCUAUUCGAAGCACCUUCUCACCAUACGAUGUUGGAAGGCAAUGCCGAACACUAUCCAUACAAUAAGACGUACGCGGAAGCUGAACAUGAUGACAUUUUCGUAUGCCAUACGUCUGGAACAACUGGUGCACCUAAGCCUAUCACUGUUAACAAUGGUCAUUUUACCACUUUCGACAAUCUACGAAAGCUUCCUAAAGUAGAAGGCCGGGAGAACCUUGAUUACUCCUCGUUGGAAAUGAACGAUAGUGGGAGGUACUAUUCGCCCUUUCCACCAUUUCAUAUGGGCGGAAUGCUCACAACGGGUAUUAUUCCCAUUUGGUAUGAUACACCGGUCGUUGUUGGACCUCCUGAUAAGCCUCCAAGCGGAGAUAUUCUUAGUCAAGUUAUCAAACUCCAGCCCAAUCUCCGGGCACUCAUGACCCCACCAACACCUAUCGAACAGCUACUGAAUGAGUCUGGUGGGUCGGAACUGGCUGGACGUAUGGAUUUUGUCCUUUACGGUGGAGGACCUCUUUCACCAAGCGUUGGUAAUCGUCUUCGAAAGGUUACCAAGGUUGCCCAAUUGAUCGGCUCAACUGAGCUGGGGAUGGUACCAUUACUAUUCCCAGGACAAGACACAUGGAAUUUUUUUGAGUGGCAUCCUAACUAUAAACUCGAAAUGCAGAGAUUGGAAGACAACAUCUACGAGAUGGUCGUACCAUAUGAUCCCUCCUUCGAAUGGAUCUGCAGAGUCAAUCAGGUACCAGCGAAACAGGAAUGGCGGACAAGAGACCUUUUCGAACCCCACCCAACAAAAUCUGGCCUCUGGCGGUUUUAUGGUAGAAGAGACGAUGUUAUUGUGCUGUCCACCGGUGAGAAAUUCAACCCAGUCACCAUGGAGGGAAUUAUACUAGGUCACCCUCUUGUUCGUGGCGCCUUGAUUUCAGGUACGGCCAGAUUCCAGGCAUGCCUUAUCAUUGAGCUCAGACCAGGCGUGACAUUUUCGGCCUUGUCAGAACAUGGUUCAGUCAAUAUGGACGAUAAAGCUCACUGUGAGCAGAGUUCGGACGUAACUUGUACGAGCGAUCAGCACCAUGGCAAACAAGACGAUCUGGAGGAACGAAUUAUUGACUCUAUUUGGCCAUACAUUGAGCUAGCCAACAACGACGGUCCAGCUACCGGAAGAAUCUUCCGUUCAAAGAUCAUUCUUGCCUGCUCAGAAAAGCCUUUCGCUAGAAGCGGGAAGGGUACGGUAAUACGAUCGUUAACUGAGAAGCUUUAUGCAGAAGAGCUAGAAACUCUCUACUCCGGUGCUGAGAGUCAUAUUCACGUAACCGCUCUCAACAAUCCCUGCAGUUUCGAGGACAUUCAAAAAUUUCUACGAAGAAUACUUAUCUCAUUGCUGGAUAAGCCAGACUUGUCUGACGACCAAGAUUUCUUCACCCUGGGACUCGAUUCCCUCCAGACAUCAGAGAUCGUCAAUGCUAUCAAAGCUGGAUUGGAGCAUUAUAAAUCAAAUCAAGCUUCUAUCUCAAUCAAAGUAAUCUAUGCAAACCCGACGGUGGAUAAGCUCACAGCCUGGAUGGGUAGCAUUACAAAUCCUAGUAUCAACGGCCUGGACGAAAAUACUGACGUGGAAAGCCUACGUGUACAGGCCAUGUCCAAAAUGGUCGAGAAGUAUACGAAGGAUCUUCCGACACGGAACACGUUGCCCACAGGCUUGUUGCGAACUAAAAGUUCCUCAUCCGGCGAGCCAAUCUGCGUGGCCUUGACUGGCUCGACUGGCACACUUGGAAUGAAUCUACUUCAGAUUCUACUGCUGGAUUCAAACGUCUCAAAGAUAUAUUGCCUUAACCGAGCGCUGGACGCCGAACAACGCCACACCAAAGCUUUCCAAGAACGCGGCCUCCCGAAUCUGCUUAACGGAAACAAAGCCGUUUUCUUAGAAGCCAAGUUCGGUGACCCCCAUUUCGGCCAAUCACCAGAGACAUACAAACUCCUGCAACGUGAUGUGGACGUGAUCAUCCACAAUGCCUGGAAGGUGAAUUUCCACCACCAGCUCGAGUCUUUCGAGCAUGAGCACGUCCGCGGCGUAAAGUAUAUCAUCGACUGGAGUGUGGCUACCAAUGCGCAUGUUUUCUUCGUCUCCUCCAUCUCCUCAAUUGCUCAUCACUUUGCGUGUUUUCCAGGCGCAAAAACGGUGCCGGAGACGCCAUUGGAAGACUACCGUACGGCAAAAGAUUUGGGGUACGGUGAAUCCAAGCAUGUCGCCGAACGCAUGCUACAGAUCGCGAACGAAAAGUGCGGAGUCAAAGCCAGCAACUUACGUGUGGCCCAGGUUGCUGGUCCGACCACUUCCGACGGUGGAGUUUGGAAUCGUCAUGAGUACAUUCCAGCAUUAGUACAGACAUCUCUCGAGCUCGGUGCCAUACCGAUCUCCUUCCAGGCUAUCGACUGGACUCCAGUAGAUGUGAUGGCACAGAUCAUUGUUGAUAUCAUGCACACUGGCUUCAGCUCUAACACCGCAACUGCUUUCCACCUCGUGAAUCCACAUGUGGUGGCUUGGAAAGACUUUGUGUGCACGACACAGGAAUUUUACUCGAGUCGGAAGAAGAUCGAAGCAGUGCCUCUUGCAGAAUGGAUCCGAAUGCUCCAAAAAGUAGAUGCUACUGAUCAGUUGGAGUUGCACAGGAAGCCUGCAGUGAAGAUCCUCGACUUUUUCGAAGAUAUUGAGGUGUCAACACGUGGGGCAGUGAGUGCUAGACACGAGGUAGAAAGCCAGAAGCUGGAACAGUGGCUCGACACAGGAAAUGGAGUUCGUGCAAGUGACACGAUGGCUCAACUGCGACCAAUGGAUGGUGAACUAUUCAGGACAUGGCUGAGACAAUGGGACUUCUGA